GAUAGAAUCUCUCCAUCUGGAGCUGCGCGCUUUAAAAACCAGCCAAACAUCGCCAGCGCGGUUCUGCCCACGCACCAUGCGAGCUGGAGAGAGCCGCCCCGGGCCAUGCUGAACAAGUGUCCGACCCUCCUGCUGGCUCUCACCGCGGUGGCCGGACUUGUCCAGCGAUGCCAGGGCUGGAGCGACGAGGACCUGCUCCUGCCGCCCGCCAACUCCUCCAACAGCUUUCUGUCCAACCUGGAGGUGGACGUGCGCCUGUCCAAGAGGUCCGCGGAAGGGAGCGAAGCCUCGCCGGACGCGUCGCCGCUGCAGACUGUGUCCCAGUGCAACGUCAGCGUCCAGAGACUGCUGCCCGCCUCGCUGGUGGCCCGCUGGGACAGCAGCUUCGGCUUCCAGUGCGACGUGCUCAUCUACACCACCAACAACCACGGGCGGGCUUUUUUCUCCGCCUCCUUCAACCGCGCCAUCUCUCCGGUGGUCAUCGAGCACCUGGGGACCACCGGGGGUCAGCAGGAGUUGAGGCUGUGCGUGGGCUGCGGGCUGUCCGGCUACAGGAGGCUGGGCCCCGCCAGGCAGAGGGGCCAGCAGAGCGGGGACCAGGUCAAUUUCUGCUGCGUGGAUUUCAGCCUCGACGAGCUGAAGGGUGACAAAAGUUGGAGGCUGAACAGAAAACCCAUCGAGUCGACACUUGUGGCUUGUUUCAUGACUUUGGUCAUCAUCGUGUGGAGUGUUGCUGCUCUCAUAUGGCCGGUUCCUAUCAUUGCAGGCUUCCUGCCUAAUGGGAUGGAGCAGAGAAGACCCAGGUGACUGACCUGACCUUUACAGCCUAAUAAUAAUUGUAGCCAUUAUACUCUAAUUGCCAACGUUCAUGGAAGACUGUUUAUUGACUCUCCGAGCUCCUCAGAGGACCAAGGUAUGAAUGUAUGACCACGUGAAAGGAACUUUAUGCUGGGAUCAAUGUGUUUUUGUACAGACCUUUUAUAGCCUAGAACAGUUCUUCCCAACCGCCACACCAACCGGGGAAAAAAAGGUCACACGCUAACAUAGGAGUGUCCUACUUUAAUGUAUAUUCUGUCAUUUAGUUUGUAUUUUUCUUUAAGAACACAAUUCCAAAAACGACACCCUAUAGGGGUGUCAAAAGUGAGGCCCGAGGGCUAUUUGCGCCCCGUAGUUGGUCGGCAGCAUAUUGGUGGAGCAAAAUCAAAGAUAAAAACACCAUUAAAAAUGUGAGCACAAACAGUUUUUCCCAACCGACACACCAACCGGGGGGAAAAAAAGGUCACCCUAUAACAUAGGAGUGGCCAACUUUAAUGUAUAUUCUAUCAUUUAGUUUGUAUUUUUCUUUAAGAACACAAUCCCAAAAACGACACCCUAUAGGGGUGUCCAAAGUGAGGCCCGAGGGCUAUUUGCGCCUCGUAGAUGGUCGGCGGCAUAUUGGCGCAGCAAAAUCUAAGAAAAAAACGCCAUUAAAAAUGUGAGCAGAAACAGUUUUUCCCAACCGACACACCAACCGGGGGGAAAAAUGGUCACACGCUAACAUAGGAGUGUCCAACUUUAGUGUAUAGUCUAUCAUUUAGUUUGUAUUUUUCUUUGAGAACAGAAUCCCAAAAACGACACCCUAGGUCAGGGGUGUCCAAAGUGAGGCCCGAGGGCUAUUUGCGCCCCGUAGUUGGUCGGCGGCAUAUUGGUGGAGCAAAAUCAAAGAAAAAAACACCAUCAAAAAUGUGAGCAGAAACAGUUCUUCCCAACCGACAUACCAACCAGGGAAAAAAAGGUCACACGCUAACAUAGGAGUGUCCAACUUUAAUGUAUAUUCUAUCAUUUAGUUUGUAUUUUUCUUUAAGAACACAAUCCCAAAAACGACACCCUAUAGGAGUGUCCAAAGUGAGGCCCGAGGGCUAUUUGCGCCCCGUA